AUGGAGGAGAAUCACACCGCAGCCAACAUUGCGCAGAGACUUGGAGAAGUUGCCGAUGCAUACGAAAUCCCAGGAUGUAAAAAGGUUGCUGUGGUACAUGACAACGCCGCAAACAUGGUUUUGUGUGCAGAUAUACUGGAGCAGGAAGAGGAAGGGGCAGAUGUAAAAGGAGUCAGAUGUAACAAACCUUACAGCUGUGCAUCAACACCGCUCUCAAACAAGACCCCAUCUGUCGCACCGCGGCUGCAGCCAGACAUCUCGUGGCUCAAUUUAAGAAGGGAGCAAAAGCCAGAAAGGGACCGAAGGAGAAACAGAAACAACAAAAAGGGUGUUGAACACCUCCUGAUCCAAGACGUUUCCACGCGGUGGAACUAUUCUCAGACCAUGUUAGAGCGUCUGCUAGAACAGAAAUGGCCCGUAACAGCAGUGCUCUCUGAACGCUACCUUCAUCUCACCACAGCGCAAUGGAACAUGGCAGAAGAUAUUUUGAAUGUGCUGAAGCCGAUGGUCACCCUGACUGAGCUGCUGUCCGAGGAGGCCAACGCAUCCUUAUCUGCAACCAUAUCCAUUCCGGCCAAACUGAAACGGCGCCACUUGGCCGUAGUGGAGGACGACAGCCCCACCACUAACAGUCUUAAAACAAAGCUGCUAGGGGAAACUGAACAAAGAAAUCAGCUCAACGACCGACUACUUGUCCAAGCAGCAGUCUAAGACCCCCGCUUCAAGGUGCUUUCGUUCGUUGACGAUGCAAAACGAGAUGAAGCCUACAUCAACGUGUCCCAGCUGGCCGACCGUUUGAGCGCGGCACAGCCAGAGCCCGCUGAGGGAGAUGAAAGAGCAGGAGAUCGAGAUGUGUGGAGAUGAUGGAGAGGAAGAGGAUCAAGGGGAUAGCAAAUAAUAAAUGAAGGAUUAUCUCCAAGAUAGAACGAAAGUCAACGCUGGACCGCUAGCUUGGUGGGGAAACGAGGGCAGGUAUUCGAAGCUGGCCAGAGCAGCGAAAUACCUCCUCUCCAUCCCGGCCACUUCCACUCCGUCAGAGCGGAUCUUUUCCAAGGCAGGAUUUAUAGUCAAUAAAACCAGGAGCUGCCUUCUGCCCCAAAAUGUUGACAAAUUGGUGUUCCUGUCCCGUAACUUGAAAAGAUUGGGGAAGUAGGCAAUGGCUAUUCAGUGGUCUAUGUGAGUAAGUAGGCCAGUCCAAUACAGUUGACAGAUAGAGAGAUUAUUAACCUAUUAUGCAGGCUGCUAAGUGUUUGGAAUUGUGAAAUAGCCUAUGCUUAUGGUUUUUUGGUAGCCUGGGCCUAUACAAACCAUUUUAUGUUCAGCAUAAGCUGCUGUUGAAGGUGGUGUAAAUAGCCUCCUGUUGUGAUAGGCUACAACUUGUUCUUUAUUUAGCCUAUUUUCUUAUUCAUUUAUUUUGUUCGUUAUUAAACAUAAUAUAUUAUUUACUGCUCGAUGUUCAGCUUUGUUAAUAAUAUUUUUACUGUAAUACUGUCCAACUAUGUUGAUUGAAUACUAGGCCUACUGCUGCUGUUCGUCAUUUAUUUUAAUUACAGUAAGCACAAUAUUAUUGUUUGUUCAAUUUGUUAUGUUCUUAAUAAUUGAAAAUAAAAACAAAUACUUCCUUAAACCAUCUGCUUUUUAUUUCAUAGGCUAUAUAAUUUUUUUGUGCAAUAUAUCAUAUUUGAGAGACAAAGGCUAUUCGUGCUUGGAGUCAGUUUCCCACUCCUCUGUCAUAAGCGUUGCUGUGGGUGCGGGGCACAGCCGCUGCAGUGGCGCUUUCCAAUGUGCUCAAUUGAAUCUUCUUUGAGUGCUUUCUUCCGUGUUGGGUUGGGAAGGAGGGUAAGGUCGGGUUGGGAACAGGGUUUUUUCUUCUGGUUAUCUUGAUCUCUCGCUCCCUCUGAGUUGUGUCUUAAUUAUUUCAUCAAGCAGUGCGCUUAAAGAAUCAGACAAACUCAGUGCAUAAUAUAGUGUCACGCCCUGGCUCUGGGGACUCUAAUAUGUUGAGCCAGGGUGUGUAAAGUCUAUGUGUUUUGUUCUAGGUUUCACAUUCUAGUAUUGUUGUUCUAUGUUGGCCAGUGUGGUUCUCAAUCAGAGGCAACGUGAUUCAGCUGUUGCUUGUUGUCUCUGAUUGAGAACCAUACUUUAGCAGCCUGUUUCCCCACAGAGUUUGUGGGAUCUUGUUUCUAGUCUGUAGUGUUAGACCGUGAACUGUCACGUUUUCGUUUUGUCGUUUUUGAUCGUGUCUCUAAUAAAGAGUAUGUUUGCCUGCAACGCUGCGCCUUGGUCCUCAUCUCUGUUCGACGAUCGUGACAUAUAGUUGAUUUUAAUAAAACACAGGGUGUGUCUAUACAGUGAGGAAAAAAAGUAUUUGGUCCCCUGCUGAUUUUGUACGUUUGCCCACUGACAGAGACAUGAUCAGUCUAUAAUUGUAAUGGUAGGUUUAUUUGAACAGUGAGAGACAGAAUAACAACAAAAAAGUCCAGAAAAAACACAUGUCAAAAAUGAUAUAAAUUGAUUUGCAUUUUAAUGAGGGAAAUAAGUAUUUGACCCCUCUGCAAAACAUGACUUAGUACUUGGUGGCAAAACCCUUGUUGGCAAUCACAGAGGUCAGACGUUUCUUGUAGUUGGCCACCAGGUUUGCACACAUCUCAGGAGGGAUUCUGUUCCACUCCUCUUUGCAGAUCUUCUCCAAGUCAUUAAGGUUUUGAGGCUGACGUUUGGCAACUCGAACCUUCAGCUCCCUCCACAGAUUUUCUAUGGGAUUAAGGUCUGGAGACUGGCUAGGCCACUCCAGGACCUUAAUGUGCUUUUUCUUGAGCCACUCCUUUGUUGCCUUGUCCGUGUGUUUUGGGUCAUUGUCAUGCUGGAAUACCUAUCCACGACCCAUUUUCAAUGCCCUGGCCGAGGGAAGGAGGUUCACACUCAAGAUUUGACUGUACAUGGCAACGUCCAUCGUUCCUUUGAUGCGGUGAAGUUAUCCUGUCCCCUUAGCAGAAAAACAUCCCAAAGCAUAAUGUUUCCACCUCCAUGUUCGACGGUGGGGAUGGUGUUCUUGGGGUCAUAGUCAGCAUUGCUCCUCCUCCAAACACGGCGAGUUGAGUUGAUGCCAAAGAGCUCGAUUUUGGUCUCAUCUGACCACAACACUUUCACCCAGUUCUCCUCUGAAUCAUUCAGAUGUUCAUUGGCAAACUUCAGACGGCCCUGUAUAUGUGCUUUCUUGAGCAGGGGGACCUUGCGGGCGCUGCAGGAUUUCAGUCCUUCAUAGCGUAGUGUGUUACCAAUUGUUUUCUUGGUGACUAUGGUCCCAGCUGCCUUGAGAUCAUUGACAAGAUCCUCCCGUGUAGUUCUGGGCUGAUUCCUCACCGUUCUCAUGAUCAUUGCAACUCCACGAGGUGAGAUCUUGCAUGGAGCCCCAGGCCGAGGGAGAUUGACAGUUAUUUUGUGUUUCUUCCAUUUGCGAAUAAUCGCACCAACUGUUGUCACCUUCUCACCAAGCUGCUUGGCGAUGGUCUUGUAGCCCAUUCCAGCCUUGUGUAGGUCUACAAUCUUGUCCCUGACAUCCUUGGAGAGCUCUUUGGUCUUGGCCAUGGUGGAGAGUUUGGAAUCUGAUUGAUUGAUUGCUUCUGUGGACAGGUGUCUUUUAUACAGGUAACAAACUGAGAUUAGGAGCACUCCCCUUAAGAGUGUGCUCCUAAUCUCAGCUCGUUACCUGUAUAAAAGACACCUGGGAGCCAGAAAUCUUUCUGAUUGAGAGGGGGUCAAACACUUAUUUCCCUCAUUAAAAUGCAAAUCAAUUUAUAAAAUGUUUUACAUGUGUUUUUCUGGAUUUUGUUGUUGUUAUUCUGUCUCUCACUGUUGAAAUAAACCUACCAUUAAAAUUAUAGACUGAUCAUUUCUUUGUCAGUGGGCAAACAUACAAAAUCAGCAGGGGAUCAAAUACUUUUUUCCCUCACUGUAUAUGGAAAAAUACACGUUUGAAAAUGUCGACCAAUCGAUUGGUCGAAGGAACAGACGACUCUCGGUCGACCAAGAUUUUUGUUGGUCGGGGACAGCCCUAGUAUGUAUACUAUAGUUAACUGUAAAUACUACAGUAUACUACAGUAAAUACUACAGUGAAUACUACAGUAAAGUAUUUUUUUUUAAAUACUAAAAAAAAUAAAAAAUAUGUAUGCACUCACUAACUGUAAAUUGCUCUGGAUAAGAGCGUCUGCUAAAUGACUAAAAUGUAAAUGUAAAGUCCGCAAAAACACUACAGUGAAUACUAUAGUAUUUAUACCAUAGUAUACUAUAGUAUUUUCUUAUGUGGGUUGUCCUCAAUGCUUCCCCAGAGGUGAGCUGCGAUGCAGACAGACAGCCGGUAUGACUAACUGGUGUUUUUAAUGGCACCACGCUUCAUCCCUGGUGAGAGAUUAAGAUGGCGAAGAGCCUCAGGCACCGCCUUCUUCCUCAAUCUAUUUUUACACAGACAUGCCUGGCCCCAUCCAGCAGCCUAACCAAGUAGUGUCCGUGCAAGGCCAGCACCGCAGAUGCUUAGUCAGCCAUCUAGUCAGCUUCAGUCUAAAACCACAGUCAAAUAAGGACACUGGACUGUUAGAGAUGACACAACUCUAUCUGCAGAGAUCAACAGAAAAGAGCAGCAAACUAACUAGAGAGACAGAGCACUAGCAGGAUAGAGCAGACAUUUCAGGUAGCCUGGAUGAGUCUCAGUCUGGAUGGGAGUCACAGUCAGACACAGGACUGAGUCACAGUAAACAGUAAACACUGGCAGGCAGGCGGGCAGAGGAGGUGGAGAGGUGCACCCCGGCGCGAGGUAGAUCGCCUCUCCACAGCACUGCUCCGCGACAGGCAGGCCCACUCCCCCGGACGGGGCUGGGCGGUGAUGAGCUUCAGCUGUGAUUAA